GGCAAACGCAGCGCCAUUCGCUAAACGCCGUGCGAGGUUAAAGCAACAACAGCAGCAAACGAACCAAAACUCAGCCAACCAGUCCAACACCACCCACCCAGCUACCCACCCACUCAAACAGAACAGCAAAAUGGGCAGCUGUUGCUCAAAGGAUUUGGAUGAUAAGCGCUCAUGGAGCCCCGAAGAGACCAAAAAUGGCAGCACCACAUCGACUAUCAUAGCACAGCCCAUGGAUGAUGUGGGCAGCACAGGUGUAUUUACGCUAACGCGUUCUACGGCAACAACAACAACAACAGGGAAACAACAACACACGACUACAGGAACAACGACAACCACAACAACAGCUAAUGCUGUUGAUCCUGAUGUAAAGCAAUAGCUGCAGCAACAUUCCAAAAACUUCAGCAAAAUU